AUGUCCGACCAAGACAAGGCAGUUGAAAAUGCCAAAAAGACUACAAUUUCUUACGCACAAGAUUGGGGCCGCUCACCUCUUCCCCCCGUCCUCCUCGCAACCUUCACUACCGCUCUACAUGCUCGCCCUCUCCAACCUCUUCCCCUAGCCUUCACCCCCGUCUUCCUCUUCAGUACCUACCUCAACCUCUCCGGGUAUGCCAUUGACUCCGCCGGCCUGACAGCUGCCUGGUCUGGUCUCUAUCUCAUCUUAGCAAACCGAAGGAAAGCAUCGGGAAAGAAUAUGUAUGCCAGAAUUGGAAGUAAAUUUGGAGCGAGAGGUAUGGUCCGAGGUGCUGCAAUGGGUGUUGCAGGUUUGAAUUUGGUGGGUGGUGGAAUCACAUAUGCUUUUGGCAAGAGGGAGAAUGAGGAUAAAACUCUUUGAGUGUAUGAAUAGCAACGGUCAAGGCAUUGUAUCAUAUUGUGUAUGUAGGGUAAAGGGUUCAAAAGGUAAUCAAAAGAAAAAUAGCAACGGCAGUAGCGGGGAUGGCACUCUGCGGUCAAUUGUCAACAGCAAGGUCAUUGGAUUUGGAAUCUAUGCUUUCUCGUGGAAUUUCUGGAGAGUUGUUUGUAUGAAGAGUAUAGUCAGGUAUGAAUUAGAAGUUUAUACAUAUUACAAGGAAGU